CCCGCCCUCGUGCCUGGGGAUGUCCGCUGCGGUUUAUCUCGGAGACGCACGCAGUCGUGCAGUCCCACCAAAUCCAUGUCUCCAAAACCCCUAAGUUCAGAAAGGGGCGGGGGGAAGAGGAGGACGACUUGGUUUCUCGCAGCACAGCCCCAGCUACAAGAAGAAAGGACUCCUGGUUCUUAGAACUUUCCAUCUACUCAUUUACUCUUUGGAACAGCCCUAUGAGUUAUGCCUUCUCAAGACUGACCUUCCCCCAAAGGAGCAGGAGAAAAUGAUCAACUUUCAGGAGGCAGUGACGUUCAAGGACGUGGCUGUGGUCUUCACCAGAGAGGAGCUGGGGCUCCUGGAACCUGCCCAGAGGCAGCUGUACCGAGAUGUGAUGCUGGAGAAUUUCAAGAAUCUGGUCUCAGUGGGACAUCUUCCCUUCAGAGCAGAUAUGGUAUCCCAGCUGGAGGCAGAAGAAAAGCAUUGGAUGAUGGAAAGAGAAACCCAAAGGAAUGCGUAUUGCAGUGAGCACCACAUGGCUGUUCGUUCAGGCAGCAAGAAUCAAAAUGGGAUGGAGACUCUUCAAAAAGUUGCAUUAAAAUACCUUUCACAUGAAGAGUUAUCCUGCUGGCGAAUCUGGAGACAGGUUGCAAGUGAUUUAACCAGGUCUCUUCAGCAGAAGAGUUCCCAGUUACUGCAAGGUGAUUCUAUUCAGGUUUCUGAAAAUGAGAACAAUAUGAUGAAUCAUAAGGAAAAUGACUCCAGUUACAUUGAAAAUGAAGAGUUUUCAGUUUCAAGUACCCAGGAUUCUUGCAGGAAUGUGUAUCUACAUGAAUCACAGAAUCAGAGUAGAGGUAAGAAAAUUAACAUGAAAAAUAACCUGUAUAUAUGUGAAGCCUUCAUGAAGAAAUCACUACUGAGUGACCACAUUAAAACUGACAUGGAAAGGAAACUCUACACAUGUAAUGAGUGUGACAAAAGCAUCGGUGAUGGCUUCUAUCAGCAUUUGCCCUUAGGAAAGAAACUCUGUCCACAUAGUGAGUGUGGCAAGGGUUUCAGUUGUAGUUCAGUGCUUCCGGUUCAUCAGAAUGUUCCCACAGGAGAGAAGUGCUCCAGUCAGAGCUCACAUCUGCAAACUCAUCAGAGAGUUCACCCUCGAGAGAAACCUGGUAAAUGUCAUGAAUCUGGUGAUUGCUUCAGUAAGAGCUCUUUUCAUUCUCAUCAGUCUGAUCAUGCAGGAGAGAAGUCCUAUCGAUGUGACAGUUGCGGCAAGGGAUUCAGUAGCAGCACAGGUCUUAUCAUUCAUUAUAGAACUCACACUGGUGAGAAGCCUUAUAAAUGUGAGGAGUGUGGUAAAUGCUUCAGUCAAAGUUCAAAUUUUCAGUGCCAUCAGAGAGUCCACACGGAAGAAAAACCGUACAAAUGUGAAGAGUGUGGCAAGGGCUUUGGUUGGAGUGUUAAUCUUCGUGUUCAUCAGAGGGUCCACAGGGGUGAGAAACCCUAUAAAUGUGAGGAAUGUGGGAAGGGCUUCACUCAGGCUGCACAUUAUCACAUACAUCAGAGGGUCCACACUGGGGAAAAACCUUACAAAUGUGAUGUCUGUGGAAAGGGCUUCAGUCACAAUUCACCAUUAAUAUGCCAUCGGAGAGUCCACACUGGAGAGAAACCAUACAGGUGUGAGGCGUGUGGGAAAGGCUUUACCCGUAAUACAGAUCUUCAUAUCCAUUUCAGAGUUCACACAGGAGAGAAACCCUACAAAUGUAAGGAGUGUGGUAAGGGCUUCAGUCAGGCUUCAAAUCUUCAAGUGCAUCAGAAUGUACACACUGGAGAGAAACGAUUCAAAUGUGAAACGUGUGGGAAGGGCUUCAGUCAGUCAUCAAAGCUUCAGACCCAUCAGAGAGUCCACACUGGAGAGAAACCAUACAAAUGUGGUGUAUGUGGUAAGGACUUCAGUUAUAGUUCAAAUCUUAAACUGCACCAGGUAAUUCACACUGGAGAAAAACCAUAUAAAUGUGAGGAAUGUGGGAAGGGCUUCAGUUGGAGAUCAAAUCUUCACGCUCAUCAGAGAGUCCACUCGGGAGAGAAACCCUAUAAAUGUGAAGAGUGUGAUAAGAGCUUCAGUCAGGCCAUAGAUUUUCGGGUGCAUCAGAGAGUCCACACUGGGGAGAAACCAUACAAAUGUGGUAUAUGUGGGAAGGGCUUCAGUCAGUCCUCUGGUCUUCAAUCCCAUCAGAGAGUCCACACUGGGGAGAAGCCAUACAAGUGUGAUGUCUGUGGAAAGGGCUUUAGAUACAGUUCACAGUUUAUAUACCAUCAGAGAGGCCACACUGGGGAAAAACCAUACAAAUGUGAGGAGUGUGGGAAAGGCUUUGGUAGGAGCUUGAAUCUUCGCCAUCAUCAGAGGAUUCACACAGGAGAGAAACCCCAUAAAUGUGAGGAGUGUGGUAAGGCCUUCAGUCUCCCCUCAAAUCUUAGAGUCCAUCUGAGUGUUCACAUUAGGGAGAAACUAUUUAAAUGUGAGGAGUGUGGUAAGGGCUUCAGUCAGAGUUCACGUCUUCAAACCCAUCAGCGAGUCCACACUGGAGAAAAACCAUACAAAUGUGACUUAUGUGGUAAGGACUUCAGUCACCGUUCACGUCUUAUAUACCAUCAGAAAGUCCACACUGGCAAGAAUUUAUAAAAAAGAGAAAUAUGUCAGUGGCUUCAGUUAGCAUGCACAUCUUCAAGUUGCUGGACAGUCCAUGUUGAUGACAAAGUAUUGAGACUGGUAAGGAAUUUCUUCAGAUGGAAUCUAAAAAAUCCAUUAGCAUGAUAUGGAACAUAGUAACAAGAGAACUAAUAAUCAGGGCAGACAGGUCGUAACCCUUCCGGUAAGUUCCAACUGAUAGAAAUGAUCUCUCAAAAUGAAUAUAUGGCUAAAGGUAAUGUGUGAAAAGGAUAUUUGCCAUAUAUUAGUUUUUUGGAGGGUCAGAGAGGGUGAGGUAAUUUUUCCUUUUUUUAAACUUUCAUUUUAUACUUAUUCACAAUGACCAUUAUUUUUACUGAAGCUGUAAAGCUAUGAAAAAUGAAUAAAAACUGACAAAUAGUCCCUGCAGCCAAGAAGUCAUAAUAUGAUUGCAUUAUUUCAUAUAGUAUAUUGGAUUAAAGUUAGGAAUAUAUCCCCAGAGAUGCAUCUUUGGUCUUCAGGAGUAAAUUUGUAUCUGCUGUGAAUAUAAAUGUUUGGUUAUUGCAUCAUUUAUAAUAGCAAACAGAGAAAAAAUCAGUUGGAUUUCCGAAGUAUUUUGUGAUUUACUGGUCCAGUGGAACACUAUGCAAACAUCAAAUGGGAGAAGAUAAAUCUAAUUAUGGAUGUUGGAACAUGUCCAGGAUAUACUAAUCUGGAAAAACAAAAGCAUGGGGUUUUUGUGUGCUCUCAAAAAAAAAAAAUGGUUUGGGGGGUGAAGAAUAGUUAGGUAUUUACAUCUAGUUAUCUAAAUAUGGGAUUUUGCUUCAUAUAUAUUUUUACAUUUCUGUAAACCUUUUGAAAUAAUUUAAAACCACAAAAAAUUAUAAAAUCAUGUAAGUCUUUUGUGUACCCUUUGUUCAGAUUCAGCAGUUUAACAUGGUUGAAUCAUUAUUCUUUCCAUGUAUGUGAAUCACACAUGGAUAUACCUAAGUGAACACAUACUUUUUUAAAACAAGAGGAUGUUACAGACCUCUUACUCCCUGCAUCUAAAUAUGUGUAUAUGUCCUAAGAACAAGAGUUACAUAGCUACAAGUAUGACAUUCAGAAAAAUUUAAUACUGGUCCAUAACACUACCUAACCCACAGACCCUCCCUAUUCAAAUUUUAUCAAUUGUCCUGAUAAUAAGUUUAUCACUUUUUUUUUUUUUGUCUAGAAUCCUGUCAAGGCUUACACAUUGUAUUUAGGAUCCUUUAAUCUGUACCAUUACCUCAUUCUUUGUUUUUAAUGACCUUGAUAUUUUUUCAUUGUCCCUUAAUUUGGAUUUAUCUCAGGUUCUCUCUGUUUUAAAUUAUGCAUU